AUGCCCCUGCAAUCCAAUGACCUGCAUACCACCAAUGACCCCUCACUCAAAGACUCCUCUGAUGACCAGGCCAAGACAAUCCUGGCACCUGUAGAUCAUCAGAGAAUCACCAAACAUGAUACUGCUUCCUCCAACAGCUCUGAUAGCAACAAUAGUGAACCAAACAAACCUCUACUUGACCUGAACAACAUCAACAAGAUGAACAUCAACACACUCCAAAACAUUGUUACACAAUCCACCCUACACAAACAAGCCAAAACCUCCUCAUACAAGUUACCCUCCAAGUGCUGUGGCUUCCUCCAUGAAGUGACCCAACUCAAUGAUGUGCUAAAGGACACCCCAAAACUAACCAUGAAGAACUGGUAUGCCUGGAACCCUUGUUUCUGGGACAUAUUGGCCUUGUGGUCCCUGGCCCUCAAGCAUCUCAACAGCACCACCAAACUGGGUGAUAAAAAGUACAACUGGAAGCUGAAUGCAAAACUCCACAUGAUCAUCCAAAGCAAUGCCAAGCUCAUUGGUCAGGAUAACAUGAACUACCUGCAAAUGCUGAAUCCUGGAGGAUUCAUGAAUUAUAUGCCCAACUCAAGAAGGAUCUCACUAAAAUGGAGCAUAUCACAGAAUCAACCCUCCUAUACAAAGCCAGAAGGAUUCACAUGCUCAAUGCAGAUGUCCACAAGUUUUUGGCCAAUUUGGAUGAGCAUUGGGCCAAGGCUGUGA